GCCCGUCCCGCCCCUCUCCGCGCCUUCCCCGCCGGGGGGCUCGGCCGAGCCUGGGAGAUGUAGUCCCGGCUCCCGGGCUCGCCGGCGGCCGGCGGGGCUUCUGCGGGGGACUACGUUUCCCAGGCCCCCCUGCUGCUCGGCCGGGCCGCGGGAAGGGCCGGGCUGUCAAUCAGCGCGCGUCGGCGGGGGCAGCGGGACGGGGAUCCCCCCGCCCGCCCCGUGUCCCGCUAAUAAUAAGUGCUUCAGAGCCUUAAAAGCAGGGAGGCAAGUGUCAUGCGGGCGCGUCGUAAGGGGCUGAGCUCCGGCUGAGCGCCCGGGGCCGUUUUGCCGCCGGCAUAGCCGGGAGGGGGAAAAAAGAGGGGGAGAAAAAAAGGAGAAAAAAAGCCUCGGAGCUGGUUCCCGGGGAAGGGGCGAGAGGAGAGAAGCCCGAAAGGCUGGACAAGCCGUCAGCGAAGUGGCGAUGAGGCGCAGGAAGACAGCGGUGGCGGCCGGCUGCUGCCUCGCCUUCCUCCUGGGCACCCUGCUCAACCUCCUGUUCAUCCCCGGCUCCGAGCACCCGCCGCCGCCCCGCGACGAGCUGCCCCCCUCCCCGCCCGGCGCCCCCCUCUACCCGCCGGAGGAGGAGAUCGGCGGCGGCCAGGCCGCCCUGGCGCGGCAGAUCCGCGAGCGCUACGAGGAGGUGCUGCGCUACCGGCAGCACCGGGCGGCGGCGGCGGGGCGGCGGCCGCUGCGGCCGCGGGAGCGGCGCCUGAUGGACCUGGCGCCGCCGCGCACCUCGGCCGAGCAGCCGCGGCCGCCGGGGCCGCGGGGCCGAGCGGCGGCGGGGCCGUGGGCCGGCGCCUCGGCCGAACUCUCGCUGGAGCCGCCGCUGCUGGGCUGCCGAGACAUCCGCGAUGUCAGCGGCGUGCAGUACCUGGGCUCGGGCUACACCAAGGCGGUCUACAAGGCGGUCCUCAACCGCACGCUGGCCGUGGCCCUGAAGGCGGUGGACUUCGGCGGGCACGACAUCGCCCACUGCGUGCGGCAGUUCUCCGCCCUGGGGGACUGCUACCGCCUAGCCGCCUACAAGAUCGUCAAAGAGAUGAUCCUGCUGCAGCGGCUGCGCCACGCCAACGUCCUGCAGCUCUAUGGCUAUUGCUACCAAGACAGCAAUGACAUCCCCGACACACUGACCACCAUCACUGAACUGGGCUCGCCUUUGGAGAUGAUUCAGCUUUUACAGACUUCCUGGGAAGACAGAUUUCGGAUCUGUCUCAGCCUAGUUCGGCUUCUGCAUUACUUGGCUCACUCUCCUCUUGGCUCGGUGACAUUACUGGAUUUUCGCCCUCGGCAGUUUGUGAUUGUGGAUGGGGAGCUGAAGGUGACAGAUCUGGAUGAUGCCAGUGUUGAGGAGAGUUCUUGCACCAGUAACAGCGACUGCUUCAUGGAAUUCCCUGCGAGAAACUUCACCCUGCCCUGCUCGGUUGAGGGACGGUGUCAGAGCAUGAAUGAAAAGAGGAAUCUCUAUAAUGCCUACAGGUUUUUUUUUACCUAUCUUCUUCCACACAGUGCUCCAUCCUCUCUGAGACCAUUGCUGGAUAAGAUAGUCAAUGCAACAGGAGAACUUCACUGGGGAAUAGAUGAGACAGCUGCUCAGCUGGAGAGAGUUUUGUAUCUCUAUAAGAGUGGGGAGUACCUGCAGAACACAACCCGGGUGCCGAAAGCUGAGUACAGACGGGUGCCUGAAGCCUUUAUUCCUGAUGAGAACUACAGAUGCUGGCCAUCCUACCAUCACAAGGGCUGCCUCCUCUCUGUGUUUGAUGUCAACGAAGCCAUUGAGAUCUGUGACAGCUACUCCCAGUGCAAAGCUUUUGUCCUGACUAACCAGACAACUUGGACAGGUCGGCAGCUUGUGUUCUUCAAGAUGGCCUCAAAUCAUAUUGUGCCUGAUCCUGACAAGAUAACAUAUGUGAAGGUGACAGACUGACACCUAAAGUGGCUCAGUCUGACACGUGAGUGAUAAGAGCUGUUUGUGUAUAAAUAUAGGCAGCUGUUAGGUAGAAGGCGGCUGUGGCCGGAGAAUAAUUGCACUAUUACUCAUUCUAAUCUAUAGAGUGCUAAAGGAAACUUUAAAGAAAUAACCUGCAUGACCAGGAUGAAUGUGCAAUAAAACAAGAUUUUGAAAAUGUGAUUUAAAAACAAAGCAAGACAACCCAAAGCAAAAUACAAGAGAUGAUACACUGUUAAGAGUAUAAUUUUGGUUAUAAAUCAGCUGACAGCUCUGGCUUUUCUAAGCAAGGUUAGCAUAACAUUUCUGACCUAUACAUGUGCGUCCAGGGAUGAAAGCUGAUCAUUUCUCUGGGAAGUGUGUAUCCUCCACACUGGUAUUUAUUUGGGCACGUACAAUCACAACAGAGGAACUGAAGCGUAUCAGUUUGUCUGGUGAAUAGCAAACGUUACUGAGGACAAUCAGCAUUUGUGUUCAGGCUAUGAAAUAUGCAAUGCCGACAUAUUUGUCAAACGGAAGGAAUUGCUUAUGUUUAGAAUUGCAAGACUGCAACUAAUUUUCAUUUUUGCUUCCAAUGUUAUCAUAAAGUUUCAUUUUUAAUUUGAAAGAGCCAUUUUGUGGAUCUAGCAAAUCACAUAAGCAUAUGAAUAGUCCCACUGAAAGGGCAGAGACUUACCCAAGUGCUGAGUGCUUUGCUGGAUAGGCCUGAGCAUAUGCUUACAAUUAAGCCUGUGCUUAAGACUUUUGUUGAAUCAGUUUGAAUUGUUCAGGAAGCCACAUCUUUGACAGACUGGCAAAGCAGUCCAGCUGGUUGAACAGUACUGAUUUAAUGACUAGCUUGCAGUUAUUCGUACCUUUUAUCAUCAGGUCCUUGUUUUUCUAGGGCAUCGCUUGCUGGUUCUUAGAGUAAAUGAAGUAAAUGACCUUAAUGAUGUCAAAUGAAUGCUAGCCUUAAUUCUAUAUAAAAUGCAUCUUAAAGGCAGGGUGUGUCUAGAGAAUUUGCUUUCAGUGAAAGCAAUGAAGUAAAUGCUAAAGUGACCAAUGUCAUACUGUUUUGUAGUUUGUACAGUCAGGAAAAAAUGUGCUUUUGUUUCUCAAAUGGUUUAUUUUUGUAAAAAAAAAUAAAAGAUAAAUAAAAUUUCUUUUAUUCUUGGUU